GGCAUUGAUCCGUGCGCAUUCGGCCGCCGCCAGGAUUUUUAGAAGCACAAUGUCGGUGUCGACAACGAAGUGGACUAACCCCUUGUUCUGUCGUCUAGGCUAGCUGUGUGGCCCUUGUGUUUUGCCUUUAAUAGUUGGGCACACUCUGGGAAGAGAACCCACUCGUGGGCACAGCUUUUCAAGGGAAAUCCAGGUCCACAUCCAUGGAAUAAGUAGUUUUAUGUCGUGAACUGAUGAUCCUCUUUGAAGGAAAUAGGGGUGCAAAAGUCAACAUUCUCUCUCUCUCUCUCUCUCUCUCUCUCUCUCUCUCUCUCUCUCUCUCUCUCUCUCUCUCUCUCUCUCUCUCUCUUCUCGCGACUGAGCAUGACUGAGUGAUGGCAGUACGCUAUAGUACUUACGCCGGGCUAGCCGCCGCGUUGCUUGCGCUCGGUCUCUUGUUCCGCAUGCAAGCUACAAGCAGAAUCUCUGGAGCAACCCUGUACAAACGUUUGGCAGCGCGAGGUGGCUUCAGCGCUGAGGCAAUCGUGGCAGCGGCAGCAGCCGAGCACAAGAAGCAGCCGUGCGAGUGGUGUCGAGUGAUAAAAGAAGCCGCUAGCAAAGACAAGAGUGCGGAGGCCGAUGUGCGACCUCUAGCCAAGAAAUCACUCGCAGACUACGACUGGAAAAGCCGGCUGGACGGCGGGCUCCCACGGCUUGCUGUUAUAGUGCCGUAUCGCGAUCGGGAAAGCAACCUCCGCGCCUUUCUCAAGUACAUGAACGACUUCCUGGCGCGCCAGAAUGCCAAGAAGCCCAAGUAUACAUACUGGUUCCUGGUGAUGGAGCAGAGCAAAUCGGGCAGGUUUAACCGAGGAAAACUGUGCAACUCUGGAUUUUCUCUCGUCAAGGAGUUCUUCGACUACUUCAUAUUUCACGACGUGGACAAGCUGCCCGAGAUUGACACGAACAGCUACGAGUUUCCGAACACGUCGGUGCUGAACAAGGGGAGACGCUGCGGUGCCUAUCAUCUUGCCUCCAGGGUGCAGCAAUUCGACUACAAGUGGAUGAAAGACGGCUUCGUCGGGGGCACUAUCAUGUUCACGAAGGAACAGUUUGAGCGUAUUGGCGGCAUGCCGAACAGCUACUGGGGCUGGGGGGCGGAGGACGAUGAGACCUACGAUCGCAUCAAGAAGCGCAGUAAGGAGGCGCCGGACAUCUGCAGACACGAGGACGAGGAGAAGGUGCAGCGCUACUCGAGUAUGGAUCAUGAGAGAGCCGGACACAACGGCAAUGCUGAACCGGAGUUGACGGACGAGCAGCGCCGUCGCUACCAGUGCCAUUACGCCAUGAUGCGCGAUUACCGCGACGGUCGGCGCGAGACCGAUCGCUACGGCAACGGAGUGUUUCGCACCCUGGCCACGGUGGACGAGGCGGACAGGCGCGCCACGACCACCACACUGGACCUGUGCUGGGGCGACUUCGAGACGCGGUGCACGCGCACAGCCGCAGAUGCCGGCUGUAACAAGAACAGGCGGUUCGGCUAGCCGAGCCACGAGAACCGCCAUGAACCUGUGUGCGGCCCGGAGACGACUCCAAGAUCUUCACCAUCAUUUUAUCGGGUCAUCGUCCCGUUUGAAUGUGCCAAGUAGAACUUAAACCAACCAACCGAGCAAGCAAGACGCGAUGCGCGCACACUGCAACAUGUGCUGGCUGUAAGAAGAACAGGCGGUUUGGUUAGCCGAGCCACGAGAACCACCGUGACAACACACACACACACACACACACACACACAAACACACACCACGCCGACAGCCACUAUUCGAGACGCGAUGCACACGCAUUGCCUCGAAUAGUGGCUUUAACAGGAACAGGCGGUUCGGAUAGGCGAGCCACGACAACCACCGUAGACCUGUGUGCGGGGGGGGGGGGGGUGGUGACUCCAAGGUGCCAUGCAUACACGAUGCGGCAGAUGCUGGCUGUAAGACCAACAGGCGGUUCGGAUGGCAAUGCUGUAAUCUGCAAUCUACUUUGAGCUAACAGUCACUAGUGAUCAGCCUGAGUUGCCCAUUUACACUUCUAGCUCUAUCUUUACCCUAUACCCUAUACCCUAUACCCUUGUCACACCGAGAGUAUCUUUUUGGAAACUAUUCUUUAUCACGUAGCUCAACAUUAUCAAAUCGUUAUCCCCUUGGUUUAAUCUAUGCUGCACGAGCGAACCUGUGGGUGGACCUAAUGGAUCCACCGACUUGAACGCGGCAGUGCUGAAUAAUAAUAAUAAUAAGCUAUAUCUUGGCUUUGCUCUAUAAUCUAAUCGGCAUCUUAUAAUGCUAAUUCCUCCACCUGUGCUCGCCAGGCUCUUGGAGAUCAUUCCGUUGUAGCGACCGUUGAGUUCUUUUUUGCAUUCAAUCUGGUUUUAUGUUAUUUUUUAACAUCCUCCACCCGUCACCACGAUGUUCUCUUAGCCGAACCAAUGCACCAGUGGAGUAUGGAUGAAAGCUCUGUCUCAAUAUUUCACUUUGUUUUAUAACUUUUAUUUUACCUUUGGUCCUUCAUUUUUCACUUUAAUCUUUGGCUCUCAAUCCUAGCAACAUUGUAUUGUGAACUGAUUAUAUUUUUAUUUAUACAAGAGCCUGCUGCAAUAUACGCUGAUGUCAUCGCUGA